GUCAGUUCGCUGGUGGAGUUUGCUAGUGUGGUUGUCAUGUUAAACAUGGCUAGUAAACAAAGCAGGAGCCAACCCAAAUUUACGAUAGAAGAUGCCUUUGAGGAAGAUCCCGAUGACGCUAUUCGCUUGUAUGGUUCCACAAGUGAGCGUUCACCGUUGAAGCCGAAGGCCCGCGACGGAAAUAUUGGUGCAGAAGACGUGACAGUGAGGGUGGAGGGACCUCUGACUGGCGGCGGGGCGGCCAGCGGCGUCAAGGGACUCCUCGCUAUACCCGAUGUUGACGCAAUAUCUCGUGACAGUGACUCUCUAAUACCUGGAGAUUGCGGAAGCAACUUCUCAGAAUCUCCACGAUGGUGGUUUCUUCAUCCAAAAGUUCGGGAAAAGUGGAGAAUAGUUGCUGGAGCCUUCACCCUUCUCAUUAUGGGCAUAAUAUUACUCAUUACUGGUAUAGUCGUAGAAGCAAUUCCGCUCGAGAGCCUAUCUGGUCCAGUUUUCAUCAUUGCCGGUCUCAUAUGCUUCAUCCCAGGCGCAUACCAUGUAGUUUAUGUUCUACUAGCAGUAUGGGGUAGAAGGGGUUAUGACUUUUAUAAUCUUCCACUUUUCAACUAAUGCUUAUUGGAUGGUAAGGAAUGCAGUUAGUAAGUCCUAACUUCCAGUAUCGGCCUGUAAGCUUGAAUUAUUAUAGUACUAUACAGUAUAUUAAAACCAUAAAAAGACAUUGGAAAUAUUUUCACAUAAGGUACAUAAUCGAGUAGAAGUCACAAUAUUAAGGUGCAGUCAUACUGAUAUGACUGAAAUUAAUGUACUGUAUAUUCAUAUACACUAGUAGAGUAUUUGCAUUUGAAAACAUCUAUAUUUUUUUAUUUUCAGAUAACAGGCCUUUUUUUUUUAUUGAUAAACCAGGUUGCAUUUGCGAGGCAUUAUUGUUUUUAUUUCAUUUUUGUACAAGUAAGAUCUGGCACACUACAGUGCUCUGUACUGUUUGAUCAGUGUGUUCAGACAUAAAGAGUAAUAUGUACUACUGUGUGUAACGUUUGCGGCAAUAUUUAAUAUACAGGCAGUUCCCAUUUUACGAACAAGUUACAUUCUGGGACCGUGUUUGUAAAGCAUUUGUUCGGAACACAGAUUGUGAUUUUCCAUAGGUGCAAAGCUAUAAAGGAAAGAUGCGUUUCCAGGCUACCAAAACUUAUCAAAAUUCAAAAUUUUUCAAGGUAAUUCAAAAUUCAAAAGUUCAAGGUAAACAUUAUUUACCUUGAACCUGUUUGUCAAAGUUAGCUGUUUUUGAAGAGCGAAGUGGUACAAUUAUAUGAAUAAAUAAAUAAAUAAAAAUACAUGUGCACUGUAUUGGUGGAACGUCAUUUUGUAAUUGGCCUCACGAGUAAACGUCUCCCCACCCUCCUAUCUCCAGCCCAGGAGCCCCACCUCACUAACAGAGUAAACACAUCGUGGUCAUGGCCAACACAAAUCAUGUUUUGUGUGGGGUCUUAGAGGAUUUGAGGCCACUAGGUAUUGGGAGUGUAUCUCUCACACCCAGGCACCCACCCACACACCCCCUACAACCCCCAUGAACCUUCCUCCCCCAUUGCACCCUUCCUGCCAGGAACUCCCAACCCAUACUGGUUGUACUGGUACAACCCAAGCUGUACUCCAUGUUGCUGACAGGAAAUUCAAAGGGUUGCUCCAGCGAGUUAGUACAAUGAUUUUAUGCAUGAUAGGGGUACAUAGAGACCUGGGUGAAUGUUCAUGUGGACGAAUGUUCGUGAGGUGAAUGUUCGUAAAACGGGAACUCCAAUGUAUAUCUUAAAUGGAUAUCUGCACAUGCAGUAUAUCAUGCAGGCAUUGUACAUAUAGCAGGUAAUUUAUAACAAAACAACAGACUUUAAAACCAUAGUCACACAGCAUUUAAAGGAAGGUUUUAUGUACAUGUUAUUUAGAAAUGGAUAAUAAUGAGUAAAUAUGAAACGUGCCGUCGAUUGUAACAUGCAGUCGAUUGUGACAAAAAAUUACUCGCCGACCUUAGCAAUGCCUGCCUUAUUCAGCAUUUUGUUGUGGAAAAGCAACUUGUUAGUAGCUAAUAAGUGAUAAUAAAAUGAAGACUGACAAUUAAAGGUUCUCAGAAAUGAGUAUUGGUUAUGUGCCUUCCUUUAGUUUGUUCUAGGGAAAUAUUUGUAUGAAUCUCCAAUAGCCAGAGUGUUAGACAUAGGUACCGAGAGAGAGAAUAAUGGUUGUCGUCUUCAUUCUUUCUUCAGAUUAUGAUAAUGCAGUAUUAUAAUUUUGUGUAAAUUCUUAAGGAUUAUCACUCUACCAACUUCUUGAUGAUGAUAGUCUCUAAUUUAAUCAAUUAUCGAAUCAUCUUGCAACACUUACGUUGCAUGAAUCAUAAGUGUUUAUGCUCGUGCUGUUUAUUGAAAUGUUUUAAAUUAUUUUUGCAUGUGUUUAUUUGGUAGUACAGUACAGUAUAUAUACAGUAUAUAUAUAUUUAUUUGUCAAAUCCCUCGUGUACUCUAAUUUUUAUAUCGGGUUUAUGUUAUGUGCUGAAGUACGUAUGUGUGAUAUAAAAUAUAGUAUUUCAUAAUCAAAGUGUUGCUAUAUAUUUUUUAUGUAAAUUUUAUAUCAAGGUCCAGCUCAGUAGGAAAGUGAAAUGUUUAAAAAAUUAGUUUAGAUAGUUUUUUAAUUACUUCAGUACAUUGCUGGAUCAUAUUUUCAUAGUCGGACAUUCUGAUGAUAAAACACAUUACACAGGUGAUCCUUUUCACUCGGUGUAUUGUCACAGGAUUCGUUCAUAAUAGUAGACGGUAAUAUUCCUUGAACUGAAAUACAAUAAUACUGUAUAUAUAUAAAAGGGGAAAUUUGUAUGAAGAGAUCUUAUUAUAUUUUAAUACCAGGGAAUUAUAGCAUAUGUUCCAUUAGUCUUAUUAGAGUUGGUGCAGCUCUGUGCUGAAGGUGGGUAACUAUUUUAACCAAAUCCAAAAGAAGAAAUAAAUCCCUGAAAAGUAUUUGUAUGGCCCGUUCCUCUUUUAUGAUAUUAUGCUAGUCUUGGGGGGGGGACAGAAAGAGGUUAUAUUGUGUGUGUAUAUAUAUCAAAUGCAUUUCAGUUGCCUCUUGCAAUUAGGGCAAAGGUUCUUACAUUGAAUCUCGUAAUUAUUUUUUUUUAUUCUGCAGAAUAUUAUAGUGUUCUGCAUUAUAUUAUAUAAUAUAAUGUAUUAUAAUAAUAUAGUCUAGGAAUCUCUCUAAUGCUUUUUUAUUUUAACUUUUGAAGUAUUUUUCUGAUGUAAAUUUCUUGUGAUAGUUAUUAUCUAAAUCUUAUACUCCAGCAUUGUUUACCAUUGUGCCAAGUAUGUUUCCUAAGUGAUGUUUUGUUUAAGAUGCACUCUUACUACUUAAAGUUUUUAGUUUAGACAAUCUUUGCUCAAGUAUCACACUUUAACAAAUGUUAAUAGUUCAUUUUGUCAGGGAUGGGAAGCCUGUGUGUAUACUGGGUGUAUACUUCAAGCUUAUUUGUUGACCAGACCACACACUAGAUGGUGAAGGGACGACGACGUUUCGGUCCAUCCUGGACCAUUCUCAAGUCGAUUGUCUUGAGAAUGGUCCAGGACGGAACGAAACGUCGUCGUUCCUUCAUCUUCUAGUGUGUGGUCUGGUCAACUUACUUUAGCUACGUUAUUGUGACUCAUCGCCUGCUUUAGGCUUAUAUUGAGGUCCUCUUUAGGUCAGAGUAAGGGGAACAUCUGUGGAGAGGAUGGAUAAGACCAUAUUGAAGAGACUUGUAGCUUUUUCAUAAUACUUUUCAUAUUUAGUAGUGUUUGGAAAUCUAGUACCACAUGAUAUCAAAAUACUCACACCAGUAUCUCAUUCAUUACAUAGACUAAGUGUUAAGCUUUUCACAAAUUAAUUUUUUUUUAAAGCCAUUCACUUAAGCCUUGUUUCAAAUCAGUCCUGUUUACAAUAUUUAUUUUUCUGAGGGAGCCCCUUGGUGGCUUCCUGACAAUAUCUUGCUAAGAUAGUUCCAUGCUAAAAGAUAACAACAGUUGCAGAAGUCCUGCUUGGUCUACAAAAGACCAUAGUCAGAACCUGGCCCCACCUCACAGGUGUAGGGAACAAGUGACAAUUUGCCUCCCCACCAGGAAAGCAUCCAGAAAGUCAUUGAAGCUUUACAGACAACUGUGGGUUCACAGAAGAAAACUGCCCAAAACUCUGUAAAUGAUGCACAUUGAACAAGAGAUUCAGGGGGCAUUCUUUUAGUAGUGCUGGGGUUCGCUUGCUUGUUUAUACGGCAUGCCAUGGUCGCCAUUUGUAGUCUAUUUGUUUUGGCUGCAUUUGGUGACUGUUUUUCUGGUAAAUGGCUCUAGUACUUGGGAUUUCUAUUUGGUUAGCUACCUUCAGAUCCUAAUAAAUCCCUUGUGGGGUCUUUGACAUAAUCUGUUAUGGAUUGGCCUGAUGAGCUUUCACUCACCGAGUGCAAGCAUGAAGGGCAUUCAUCGUUUUUACUACCUGACUGAUUCUAUCUGCCUCCUCCAUGCUGCCUGCUGUAUCGGCGACACCUAUGAUCCCGAGUCUUUUGAGGUUUGGUCUCACUGAGUCUCGGCCCUAAUUCAGCUUUGAGUUUGGAACCUUUCCAGGCAGCUGCCGUUUUCUUAGGGUUCAGCAUUUGCGGCAUAUUGAUCGUCCAGAUGCCCCGCAGAUAGCCCAUAUGGUGUUUAAGGACCUGGAAUUUGAGGAGUUGGUGACCUUGAUCUGAACCAAGUCUGUAUCUUCUCUUCCUUCCUCUGUGGGUGUGGUUCAUCCUGCUUCUGACCCCCCCUCCCUCUGCUUCCUGGUUCUGGCUCCUAAGCAUCUGAGCCAGGUCAAGUUUUGCUCGGGGUGUAGCUCUGCAUUCUUUAAGGUGGUCCCAUCCACUUUGAUGGCAGAGGCAGCUGAGUCUUUAGGCCCCACUGGAGUUUAAGGACAUUUGCCUUUUCAACCCUCCUUUUUCCCGACCCUCCAAACCUCCUUGGAAGGAUUCUUUUCUGUUGCAGGUGUUAAGUGAAGACUUUGACUGCUGCUAUUGGUCAAGAUUCUUGGGUGGAUCUGAUUCCCAGGCUGUUGCACUAAGAGUUGUUCUUCAUCUUGACAUCACAAUUACUGUACUUGUCACGGGAAGAUGGUUCUGCUUGUGGUUUGCACUGACCAUUCAUGGUUCAUCCCUUUUGAUGCAGCCAUGGAGGACAUCUGGCUCGUAUCGGUUUGAUCCACUGGUGUGGGAAAUAUUCACCAUUCCAUUAGACAAUAGAUUAUUUAUAGUCCACAGGGCAUGAACCUUCCCAUGGCAACCACUAGCUAGUCUACCCAACCAUGAUGUCAUUAAACGUCAUGACAACUAACUUUAAAUGUAUCCACUUAACUUCUACUCUUGUGAGUAUGAUUCAUUGAUAUAAUAUUGUUUCUAAAAUAUAUCCUAAUUCAGGUAUUUAGUUAUUAGCCAGAUUAGAAUAUAUUUGUUUAAAUGUUGAUAAUAAAAUGUAACUAAUCGGCAUCCCCUCCCCCACUCCAGUAGGAGGGAAGACUCGAUUCCCUCACAAGAAAAAAAACUUGCAUGUGAUCCUCCAUUAAUGGACACUUCUGAUCAUCACUUGGAAUCACAAUAUGCUUAAGUUGUCUUAAGAUCAUACUGAAUUGUGAAUUGCAAUAUAAAAUAAGUGUCCAAUGAAAUACUAGAGAUUUACUUAGCAGCCGGCCACGAUGCCUCAUAGUCAUCACAGUUCAUCAAGACACAAAUUGUGCCUAGCUCAAAGGUGAGCCAAUUGAGCCUGGACAAUACAGAAGCAGACUCGGGCACCCGGAGUCCAAUACAGUAUUUAAAUUUACCAUUUCUGAUAGGAUUUUAUGCCACUAUUUCCCUCUCUUGAUUAUGGUUUACAGAAUGAGUUUUAAAACCAAUUAAAUGUUUGUAUUAAAUCUUAAUGUGAGAACAGUAUUAUUAAUACUGUACUGAUCACAUAUCGCCUAUCAUUUGAAAUAUUUUACUUGUAUGAUCAUAUAUAUCAUAUCGUUUUAAAGUAUUUUAUUAGUAUGAUCAUAUAUAGCCUAUCAAUUGAAAUAUUUAAAGAAUAAGAGUUGUUUUAGUUUUGAUAUUUUGAUUAUCUAAAUCUUUAAUUACUGUAUUAUUAUUUAGUGUUAUGCUGUAGACAAUUGUUACCAACAAGUAAUUAAGUUAGGCCAAGAUAAGGAAAUAAUUAAUCAGUGCUCAUUAAUUAAUUAAUUAUUUAAUUAAUUAAUCUGUUGUUUACAGUAGAAACUUGUAGUUAGCGUACUUCCAAAGGAGUUUAAAUCCCACAGACUAAGUCCUUGAAUUAUUGUAGAAGUAAAUUAGAAGUAGAAGCAUCCUUCAAAUUAGAAGUAGAGUUUUAUCAAAUUUCCCCACAACUGGUUCUGCCUUGGUGGAUGCCGUGUAGGUUGAACCUGUUUCUAUGGUUCCCUGUUUCAAGAUUCGCAUUUACCCGAUUUAAUAUCUCGGGGAGAUAUUAGUAUUCGAACAGCCUUAAGCUGGUCUAGCCAACUAAAGGAUAACCCUCGUUCCCAUGACAUUUGGAAAUUUACUGCUCUCUCAGUUGUAUAUGCUAAUAUGUCUUGGGCUGAUACAUGGAUUUGGAUGUGGAGGCUUUAGCAGUUGAACAGGGUCCUGGCAGCCAGGUAUCUUGUCAAUGUUUCUCCUCGCCAUCGGCCUUGGCUUGUGCAUGUCCCGUGUUUUCUUCUUCGUUGUGAUGUCUGCAGUGCUCCCCUCCCUUGUUAGUCUCCUUGUUUUCUUUCUCCACGGGUAGAUAGUUUUAGGGGUCCCACAAGGGGGGGUCUCACCAGAAAACCAAUGUUGAAUGUAAUGAAAUGCCAAUUUCUGGGUGAGCCCGGUGGCUCCCAACCACUUGGGCUGGACGGUAGAGCGCCGGUUUUGCUUCGUGCAGGUCGGUGUUCAAUCCCUGACCGUCCAAGUGGUUGGGGACCAUUCCUUACCCCCCCCCCGUCCCAUCCCAUAUCCUUAGCCUGACACCUUGCCAGUGCCAUAUAGUUGUAAUGGCUUGGCUCUUUUCCCCUGACAGUUCCCCUUUUAGUGGCUCCCUGACACCCUCCCUUUCCCAGGGGGUCAAUGGGGGCUUUUUCCAUUAUCAUAUAACUGAGGAUGGAGCAGUCACCCUCGGUUCACUCAUUACAAUUAAUUAAUGGGAAUUUUGUUAAAUUUUUACAUAAAUUUUAAACAAAAUAUGGAAAAUAAAAUAUACAAUUGUAUGCACCUUGAUAAUUUAAUCAUUCUGUCUAUAUAUCAUGUAGGGAAAUACAAUUCUGUUAUGUAUAAGAGCAACAAUUCUUAUACAAUUCUUGAGAGGCGAGAUUGUACAAAACACCGAGGAAAGAAAAAAUGUCAUUACACAAAGACAAACGCACACAAUUUUAUAUAUAUAUAUAUAUAAUAUAUAAUAAUACAGUAUACAUAAAUAAAUAAUAUACCCUAUAUGUAAAUAAUUUAAAUGUAUACCCAUGUAUAGGCAGGAAAAGGGAAGAUGAGGUUUUAAGGUCAUAUGUCACCUUCCACAUGUGUGUGUGUUAUUGAUUAGUCAUCUUAGUAAUAUGACUUACAACCAAAAUAACAUUUUAUUGUUUUCCUACUUCACAUGUCACCUGUUUCCAGCCUAUAUAUUCAAGUGUUGUAUUGAAUUGAUUUUGCUUUUGAAGAUGUGUUGAUUAAUACAAGAAUACUCAAGUAA